CUUCCACUUUCUCUCCUCGCGCGCGGGCCGAGGGCGGGCUCGAACCGGUGGUCGCCGGGACUGGGGGCGCGGGCGGGGGCUCCACAGAGGGGUCUGUGGGCCCAGGACCGGGUCCCAACGCCCUCCUGCUCGCGCGCAGUGAAAGCUGGUGGGAUGCGGAUUGUGCAGAAACACCCACAUGCUGGAGACGCCAAGGAAGACAAAGACAAGGAUGACCAGGAGUGGGAAAGCCCCAGUCCGCCCAAACCGACCGUGUUCAUCUCUGGUGUCAUUGCCCGGGGCGACAAAGACUUCCCCCCGGCAGCCGCGCAGGUGGCUCACCAGAAGCCCCACGCGUCCAUGGACAAGCACGCGUCUCCGAGGACGCCGCACAUCCAGCAGCCUCGCAAGUGAGCCGGCACCCAGCCACCCUCAGCAGCAGCGCCCGCCAACCCUCUUCAGCAUCAUCGGGCCUUCCUCGUCCCCCCUCACCAGCAUCACCCCGACUGAGCGCCAGCCCUCCCACGUCCCCCAUCACCGAUGUCACCCUGACAGCGCUGGCCCCUCCUCCAAAGUGCUCCUCGCUUGGGAGAUCCGAGACCAAGCCAAAUGCUCCUCCCUGUGCCUUAAAUUUCCGUGUUUUAGACUAGAACUGCUCAAGCCCAGCCUUUGGCUGUCAAUCAGGGACCACUGCACUCUCUUACAAGUGCCAGUAGUCGACCGUGCCAAGCCCCGAGUGAGAUGAGGCCGUGCCCACU